AUGGCCCGAACAAAACAAGUAGCACGCAAAUCAUCACAAGCUGCCCAAGAACUUGCCAGACAACCUCCGAAGAGGAAAUCUGAAUUUCUAGAUGAUGCUGAGAACAAUACUGGAAGUAGUAGCAGCAGCGGAAUAGCGAUACCGCCGCCCAAAAGUUUAAAAACCAUUUGUAUUCCCUAUGAAAGAGAGGAAUCAUCGGAGAACUCAUUGGGUAGUUUAUCAGAAUUACCUAAUGAAAUGUGGCAAAACAUCUUGUCGUUUUUGGUUGGAGAUUUUGAAUUGUACAAAAAAAUUGAUAUUACAAAAAUUGAUCCUAGUGUUGGUGUGACCUCGAGAAAUCGAUAUCAAAGACAAGAAUUGUCAUCCGAUAUUGCUUCCUUUCUUAUUCCUUUUGAAAAUCUUGUGGCAUUGAUAAAGUUGAUGCAAACAAACAAAGAAUUGAAUCGAAUGCUCACUUUCAAAAGAGAUGGUGUUCAUUUGACCGAUUUUGAAAUGUUCUGGUUGAAUGGAUACAACUUCUUCGAAAAGUUAUUUUACUGGAUUCGAACCAGAUCUUUGGAACAGAUCAAGUUGGGAACUGGAGACUUGUCAAGGUCAGCAGUUGAGGAAAUGGGAAAAAUUCAGAAUAUUGUUCAACAUUUUGAAAGAGGAAAGUCAUUGGAUGAUUUAAAUGUGACGAUCGAUCAUGAUUCAUGGUAUGAAGAUGAGUAUGCUUCUGAUUACGACGAACAAGUGGACGAAGACGAAGAAGAGGAUGACAAUGCAACACCUGUUGAAAAGGACGGUGACGUUGUUGACAAGAAUAAGGUGUUGGAGGGAGUUGUGAUUGUCAUUUCUGGCAUUGCAAAUCCUGAAAGAACAACUCUUCGAGAAACUGCUUUGAAGAUGGGCGCUCAGUAUCGUCCUCAAUUCACGUCUGAUACCACCCACGUGAUUGCGGCAAUAGCCAACACUGACAAAUCAAACCAAGCGUUGUCUAAUGGUGCAUUUGUCCUGAAAAAAGAAUGGAUCUAUGACUGUGAUACAAACUCGAGAAGAAUGAACGAAAAGACCUACUCAUUCUUUGAUGCACCAAAGCCCCCCAAAAAGAAGAAGGGUCCCAAAAAAAAGACUCCCAUAUUUAACGAUCCUGAAGCAAGUAGAAACGCCAUCUUGGAAAGAUUACAAGCAUUGGAAUUGCCACUGGAGAAUUAUUGUGAUCAAUAUCGAGGAUACACAUCAGCUUUUGAAUUGUUCAUUUUCAGAUCUCUCAUGUUGAGUCUGAACAUGUUUGAUGCACUGGAUUCAGAAAACAGACAAGAAUAUUGGAGCGAUCAAUCAGAAGUAUUACUUGGCCAUCAUUAUUUGGAAUACUAUUCCGAAAAUUCUAUUCCAGAACCGAAUCUUUGGAAUCGAAAAGUUCCAUAUGAUCCCAAUGUGAAAUAUCCCAAAGUUGGAAUUGUGGUGAAUAAGCCAUUAGGUUGGACAAAAUUACUUUGCACACAUAUCAACCAGAAUUCUGAGCUGAAAUUAGAGGAUGUUGACUUUGAAUUGUUAAGAAAUCGACUGUCCAAAAUUAUUUUGUUACAAUUAUCUCAUAUUUCAAAUUUUAGACCUCUGGAAAAUUACACAUUUCCAGAGAAUAUCAUAUUUCUGAGCGUGGAACAUGGAAACAACAGCAAAGAAUUUCAAGAACCUGUUUCCUUUAGUGGAAUUAAAUUAGUGGUGUGCGCUACUUGA